UGCAGAGAGGCACACAGCAUAGAGAACGGCGAAGCUAGUGCCACAUGAGCUGCAUCACAACCUAGAGGUGAAACCUAAUUGGAUUGGACUGUACACCUCAAAGGGCAAUAGCAGCACUUCAACGAAAUCAAGAAGAGUUUUCCACAUACAAAAGGGAAUCAUUAUCUGCGCGAUACCGUCAUGUUAAUUUGGGUAAUUUUAUUUUGAUUUAUUAAAAUGUAAAUAAUUAGCAUCGAUUUCAUUCACCACAUCCAACAUCCAACGCGCGAUAUAACAAUCCCGAUACUGGUUGAAAAGUUCUGAAUAUAUUCCUAGGCUAUUUUUAUCCUGUAAAUGUGUCUGUCAUACACUGUAUCGCAGACAAUAUAGCCUACAAUACUUGACGAAACCCUUCCUGCCACCUUCAGGAGGAGAUGACAGAUAUGCACCUGGUCUAACCAGCAGUGGCUGCUAGAGAGCAAGGAGCGCCAUGGAUGUAGCUGGCUUACCCCCAGUUGAUGCCUCACCAAUGUGGACCUCCGGCCAUCGCCGGCAGUGGCGCACCUGGGACGCAACCACCCUGUUGCAGGGCCCACACUUUGCUUUGAAUGGAGCGUCUUUACAGCGUGUUCAUGGGGGUUGGGUAUUUGACUAAAACUUCAAUCAAUGGAGCUCAGUCAAUGUAUUAGUAAACUUUAUAGCAAAUGUACUUUAAUUAUUUUCUUCUAGACCUGCUGCUAGAGGUGGCAAGGGGGAAGCAAGGAGAGGGAGGUAGAGAGAGAGGGGGAGAGGGAGACGGAAAGGGAGGUGGAGGGUGACAGGCAGGUGGAAAAGGAGCAAAUUUCUGCACACUUUCUCCACCUCUAAAGACCCAUAAUAUCAUUUGGUUACCAAGUAUUUUUUUGGAGUCUCUAAAUGGCCUUUUUGGAAACCCGCCUAGACAUAGUUCAGAUGGUGGUACUGUCAUCGGAUUUGAACCAGGAUUUCUUCAGUGUUGUGGCUGUGGCUCAAUUGCAACUGACAAGGCACAGCGACAGGCAUCUGUAUCCACUAAAAAAAAAAAAAACAUUUUAGGUGAGGAAAAACUUUCGCUUUGACUGUGUUUGAGCUUCUGUUGCUUUGUUUCAGUAAAAUUUUGAGUAAUUCUGACUCUGGGAAAACAAGCUCCCAAGGGUUGCCUACUGUAGUAGUCAAAAGCGUUCAAGAAUAGUACCAAUUUUAUUUUGGUAUGUCAUUUUCAGGCUUGUGAUAAAAAGAGUGGGGCUGCUGCUAUAGAAGGGGUUAAAAAUUGAACAGGUUAUUGGGUGCAGCAUUGUGUGUGAGAUGGUGUCAAGGGAAUUCAAGAUGUUUUAGCACUGUUGUUAAAGUUUGAUGAGGAGAAGGGUCUACGGAUGAUUCUUAUGGGGCAUCUAUAAAAACAACACAGGCCUGAAAGAGUAGAUGACCAAAUUCAAGCAUACUGUAACAAUUUUCACACCAGGAAAUUAAAUAAGAACUGAAACUAAUAGCAUGAGUUAUUUCAAUAAUCCUUUUGAUUAAAACAAUAAACAUUUUAUUUAAGGAGCCAAAUCAUACACAUAAAAAUAUCCAGUGUUAAUUCAUCUCACACAGCGUUAAUUCAACUCUUAACAGUUAACGUGUUCCGUCUCUGGAAUGUGUCUGCCAACUAUAUUUAUGACUAUUCUGAGAAGGAUGUUUGCAAUCUAAUAAAAGGAGGAAGCUUAAUUUUAACCAAUGUAAGAAUUUAAAACUAUUUUAACCAUUCAUUAGGUGCCUGAAAAUGGUUUUAUGAUGGUAUUAGCAAGAAAUUCAUCAUGAUAAUGACAGCCAGUUCUUUCCUCCAUACAUUGUUGUGACUUAUUCCAAUCAAGCCAGAAAAAGUCAAUACAUUUCAACAUGUCAACUAUUUUUUCCUCUGCUUGAUAAAUACUGUACAAAAUGUUGCCUGCAGUAAGGUUGAAAUGAUGAAUUAUUAAUUUCUGAAGCUAUUUAAAUAUCUAUUGAAUAUAUAUUCAAACAAUACUCAAAGGAGUUAUUCAUAUUUCAUAUAGAUUAUUUUUCAUUAUUAAAAUAUUUCCCCUUAGGCAAGCGUUUUUUGAAACCUAAUAAUGAAAAUGUGUAUAUAAUUGCUUCACCUGCCAUGUUCUUUCCUCGAAUGACAAGCGAUCAAUAAUGGUGUUCUGAUUGACUGAAUGGCUGGGCAUAACUGUGUAACCCUUGAUGUGCAGGCAAUGCAAACAGUGAUAAACAAAUUAAACUUCAACUGAAAUACACCUUAAACUAACGAGGAACUAUAACAUCGUCAUGAAAUAGUUUACAAAAAGUGACCUAUGGGAACCCCUACAGCUGUACAAAAAUAUAUUUAGAUGACAUCUAAUUCCAAAGAAUCUGUUUAGAAAACAAUCUGCCUAAAGUGGAAUGUCUGUGUUUUGUUGUUACUGUUAAAAAAGCAGGCCAUGACCAAGACAGAGUUCUUUCUAGAGGGGUUCCGUCUGUACUGUCCUCAUUGAAAUCUUCACUGAUGAUGCCCCAUCAUUGCUCCAUAUGUACAGCUUUAAACUGAAUCUAACUACACUAAUGAAAUCCAUACAGGGUUUCCAAAUUAAUUUGCAUUACGCUGCCAUAAACGUGAAUUAAUUUAACGUGACCGAUUAAAUGUGCUAGGCAUAGAUUUUCUGUGUUGCAACUGCUUUUGAAUUUUACUUAAUAUUAAAUGUGUUCUCUCAUGCUAUUGAAGACAUACUGCAGAAUUUCCACCAUGAAAAUAUAAAAUAACCAUGUUAAAGCAUUAUCUACGUUGCUCUGGCAAUCUCUGUCUUUACGCACUUUGGCCGAAUUUGCGUAGCCUACCUUUACUUGAACUUUUUAUAUUCUAAAAUGUGUUCGGGGUGUUUCUGGGAGUGGCGCUAUUUUCUGCGUGGGCAGGGGUGGGUAUGGCUACAAAGCUUGUGGUCUGGGAUGAGAUUUCAGCGCAAACAACAACGAUACAGGUCGUUCAAGAACUAGAGUUAACCUUGGAAUUGCUUUUCCUCGGUGGCGUCAGCUGAAAAUCGCCAAGGGGAUGAAGUGACGCGGAGUUGGCCUGUUUUCGGUUGGACCUUGGUGCAUUCUGGAAUUGAAUGAUCAGACAUCAGAGGAAAGGCUCAACUCACUGAGGAAAUGAUAACUCAAAACAGCUGCUAUGAGUGCGUAAUAGAGGACGAUGACACAACCCAGGCGUCCCAAAACGUGCUUGACUGGGCUCGCCAGGACAAUGUGGACUUGCUGGAGAACCUCCUGUACAAGCACCCGGAAUACCUGCGCAUCCGGGACCGCUCCAAUGCGGGCGCUCUGCACCACGCCGCCUCGGGCGGGGGCCUCCGCGUCAUGAGGAUGGUCGUAAUCAUGGCCGGCGCCGAGGAGCUAAGUGCCGCUGACGACGAGGGUAACACCCCGCUCCACUGGGCGGUGCAGAGGAACAACAGAGAGAGCUGCGUGGCCCUCUUGGAACUGGGAGCGGACCCCAACAUCCUGAACAGAGCCGUCCUCGCCCCUCUGCACCUGGCCGUCUGUCUGGGCCACAACGGCCUCGUCACUCUGUUAUUGUCCCACAGCACUACAAACGCAAACCUGGAAGGUGACCUGGGGAAUACUCCUGUGAUGAUGGCUUGCUCCUCUGAUAACUGUGAGGCACUUUGCACACUGCUAGAUCAUGGGGCUAUGAUGUGUCAUCAGAACAAGCUGGGGCAUUUUCCCAUCCAUGCAGCUGCAUUUGCAGGUGCAAAGAAAGCCAUGGAGUGCAUACUGAGCAAGGGGGAGGAGUACGGUCAUUCAGUUGAAGUGCACAUUAAUUACCUGGACAAGUCCAAAAGCAGUCCUCUUCAUCUGGCUGUUCGAGGAGGGAAUAUAGAAACGAUCAAAUUCUGCAUUUCAAAAGGGGCAAGAAUUGAGCAAAAACAGUGCGACAAAUCCACGCCCCUCCACUUCGCUUGUACUCAAGGGGCCAUAGAGGUCGUCAAGCUGAUGAUUUCAGCUUACAACAGAGUGGAGGACAUCAUCAAUAUCACUGACGGCGCUAACCAGACCCCACUUCACAAGGCAACAAUAUUUGAUCAUGUUGAAUUGGUUGAAUACCUCAUAUCACAGGGUGCAGACAUCAACCACAUUGACUGCAAAGGUCACACCCCGCUGCUUCUUGCUACAAGCUGUGGAGCAUGGAGAUCCGUGGAAGCUUUGUUGUCAAGAGGAGCAAAUAUCCAGAUAAAGGACAAAGCAGGUCGCAACUUCCUCCACCUCGCUGUUUUGCAGCCAAAAGGUCUGAAAAAUCUUCCAGAGAAUGUUCUAGAGCUCGACAGCGUCCGGGAGCUCCUGAGCGACGAGGACUGGGACGGCUGCACCCCGCUCCACUACGCCUGCAGAAUGGGGAUCGCUGCUUCGGUCCAAAACAUGCUAGGCCUCAAAGUGUCGCCGGGCCGAAAAUCCAAGGAUAAGAAAUCUGCCCUCCAUUUUGCAGCUCAAUUUGGACGCAUAAACACAUGCGAAAGACUGCUGGAGUCGAUGAGUGUCUCCAAGCUGCUGAAUGAAGGGGAUGAGAACGGCAUGACCCCGCUGCACCUAGCGUCCCAGGGCGGGCACACAAAAGUUGUGGAUCUGCUGCUCAGGAAAGGAGCUCUAUACAGCAGUGAUUAUAAAGGGUGGACGAGUUUACACUAUGCUGCGGCUGAAGGAUAUACUCAGACCAUGAAAAUCCUCUUGAAUGCGAACAUAAAAUUACUUGACAAAACUGACGAGGAAGGGAACACAGCUCUGCAUGUGGCUGCAAAAGAAGGACACACAACCGCUGUGAGACUGCUACUGAGCAGAGGAGCUGAAUUUACACUCAACAACAAUGACUCAUCCUUCCUACAUGAAGCAGUGCAUCAUGGGAGGAAGGCUGUAGCUAACGCUGCCAUUGAAAGCGAAAGAUGUAACGAAGCCGUAUUGGCAUUUAAACCUGGCUCCACAAAGCGUUGCGUUGUUAUGGACAUGAUUGAGUUUCUCCCAGAAUCAUUUAAGUAUCUUUUGGACCUAUGCGUGAAAGAAUCAGACCAAGAUCCUAACAGUCAUGACUACUGGAUUGAAUAUGAUUUCCGGUAUCUUCAGGCUCCAAUAAUAUUUAUGAAAUAUGCAAAAACAAACAGUGCUGUCAGUGUUCAACCUCUUGCAGCACUGAAUGCAAUGGCCCAGUAUAACCGUGUUGAGCUUUUGACUCACCCAGUCUGCAAAAAAUAUUUAGAAAUGAAAUGGCAUGCUUAUGGGAGCAAAGCUCACAUCCUGAACCUGGCUGUCUACUCUCUGGGUCUGCUGCCUCUGUCCUUCCUCAUCGUCAAUAUGAGACCCUCCUGGCCCACCAACAGCACAUCUGUCUACACAGUGGAUGCAAACUCAGAUAAGCGUGGGCAUUUUAACACAAUCUGCAUGUUCCUGGUCUUGGCCAUGAAUGUGUAUGCAGUUGGAAAGGAGAUUUUGCAGAUAGUGCAGCAGCGCUCAAAUUACUUCAGAGACAUCUCGAAUUGUUUGGACUGGGUGUCUGCGGCAUUUUCCAUUCUCUUCGUGAUCCCUCUGUUGCUGAAUGUAGACGGAACCCUGCACUGGCAAGCGGGUGCUUACGCAGUUACAGUUUCUUGGAUUAACUUUCUACUCUAUCUGCAAAGGUUUGAGCACUUUGGAAUUUACGUGGUGAUGUUCGGAGAGAUCAUGCGGACCCUUGUCAGCAUCAUUACGAUUUUCUUCUUCCUGAUGCUGGCAUUUGCGUUGGGCUUUCAUGCUCUCAUGAUUGAACAGGAAAAGUUUGGCCGACUGGACAUCUCAUUGAUGCAGACUUUUGUCAUGAUGGUCGGGGAGUUAAAUUAUCAAGAGAAUUUCCUUAAUCCCUACCUAAAUCAUUCACUUCCUUUCCCUUAUUUAACAUACUUCAUGUUAGUUUGGUUCAUCCUUCUCAUGCCAAUUCUUCUCAUGAACUUGCUGAUUGGUUUAGCCGUCGGCGACAUUGCUGAGGUGCAGAAGAAUGCUACUCUAAAGAGGAUUGCAAUGCAGAUUGACCUUCAUACUAGUCUGGAAGAGAAGCUGCCGUACUGGUUCAUAAAGAGGGUGGACCAGCCCAAGAUAACAGAAUACCCGAACAGAAAGUGCAAAUCAAAGGCCUACUUCCUCUGUUUUUUUCUCGGCUGGGAGGAAAAGGGAACGGUCCGUACCCAUCUGAAGACUGACAGCGGUCUGCUGACUCCAGUGGAAUAUGAGCUGAAAAAUCAGAAGUACAGAUUAAAGGAAAUGGCCAGUGUUCUGGAGAAGCAGUACAAUCUUUUGAAGCUGAUCAUUCAGAAAAUGGAGAUCGUUACCGAGGCAGAUGACCAAGAUGGCCCGGAGCUGGCGCAGAGCCACUUUGAGAGGAGACUGACCAAGAGGAGCAAGUGGAUUCCACUGGUGAAGGCGGUGGUGAAAAAGGAAUAAAGUCAGAGCACAUCUCACUGGACACAGGACUGACCUGGUUCCCCAUUCCACAGCGUACCCUGUACAUACCGCCAUGAAAGGCAUCAGCUUCCCUGCUGGUUGUGCUUGUCAAAUGUCUGUGUGAACGGCCCAUUUUCUGCAGUUGCAAUGGACGUGUCCUCUCUGCUGCCAUGUUUGUGCUUUACGUGCUGUGCGCUCCAGGUUACUCCCACUGAGCGUCUUGCGUUAUCUUUAGCACGGGGUGCAAAAUGUAGAGCAUAUGCUCUACAGAGUUGGAGAGCAUGUACAUUUUUAAUUGCUUUUUUUUUUAGAAACACCUAGAAAGUUCUUAGCCACGGUUGGAAUUACAGAGUGCUUUGUUCUGUAGGAAGGAUGUGUUUUUAUUUGUAAAUCCAUAGACAAUUUGGUUCAAGCAGACCAAGGGAAGUUCCAAGACAAGUAAAAAAGGAAGAUGAAAAAGAAGGUUUGGAUGCUGUCACUAGAGGCCAUUAGUGGCACUUUCCUUCUGUAGCAGCAGAAGGGACAGAGCCCCUCCUUGCAAAUGCACUUAGGGUGCACUAAUGUUUUCAAGAACCAUGAAAGCCAAUUUAUAAUUUAUGUGCUAAGUGGAAUUGCUGACUGCAGACAAGCAAAGAAAAUGAAAAGUCUACCAUAUAUAGGCACAUCUGUAACCAUUUGUCUCAUACACAAUAUUAUAUAUAUACAAUACAAUACACAUUUACGACUAUAACAAGCAGCCUUGAUUAUGUGAUUUGGGGUGAUGUAGAUCACAAGACCUGCAUAUCAUAAGCUUUAAUUCAUUUAUUUAUUUAUUUAUGAAUUUAUAUAUUAAUCUAUUUUCAGAUUUGAAACUUUUUCCAUCACAUUUUUCAUUUUUGAUUGAAAUUUGAAACACAGAGCUUAGAUUUCAAAAUGGUCCAGGGCCACGCCUGUCUUGUGGUCUCUGUUCAGCAGUUCUGAUUCACAUUCUGGUGUGAUUACAAUGCUAGAUAUUUCACAUAUGCCUCCUGUUAAACCAAACCAGCCUUCUAUUCAAAUUGUUUAAUUGAACACGGCAUUUUCCGCUCAAAAACCUCCCAUGGGAAAUAGCUACACAAUGUGUCUUACAUGUUUGCACCUUCAACUUGUUUGAGUUACUGUUACCUGUUUCUGAUUUCUGUAACACCUGCUUAGAUUACUUUUUUUUUUACACACGGUUAUCAUAAUCAUUAACGUAUUGUUUGAAUACAGUACAUCCCAAUACAUAUUUUUGAAAAGUGCUGACAUUUAUUAUCUGACUGCUUCUCAUGAAAAGUACAUUCGUGUAUUCAUGGUAUACUCUCUGCCAGUGAAGUAGCAUGCAAUAUUACCAGAUACUCUAAGGUAAUGCAUUUUAUAAACUUGGCUGUUCAUUAAAAACUUAUCAAUUUGA